AUGGCGGACCUGCGUUCAAUUCUGGAAAGCGUAGUGAGUUUGUUUAACGAAAUAGAAAGCUUUAAUUCUGGAGCAACUGAUCAGUUUACUAAUUUAGGUUACCUAGAAACAUUGAACGUUCGAGCAGAGGAAUGUAUUCGCCUUCUUCGUACAUUAUUACAAAGAAUUAGUGAAAUAACAAGGGAAAGACAAGGUCAAAGUAUAAACCACAACAUGCAGCUACGGGACGAUUUCCAGCAGAUAUGUAACGCAUUUGAAAGAAGCUACUACCGCUUCCUUCAAAGCACAACCGCCUCGACCGAUCAAUUAAACUUUUCUUGUCAAACAGAAAGGACAUCUGUGCCUGGACGACCACGAGUGAUAAUCACAAGACAACAAAUAGAAGCACUAAGGGAAAUUCACUUUUCAUGGUCUUGUGUUGCCAGGCUACUUGGUGUGUCAGAACGCACUCUGGAUAGAAGAAGGCGAGAAUUUCAAAUGCCAAUGGGAAGGGCGUGCUACUCAAAUAUCGGUGAUGAUGAGCUUGAUCGUAUUAUUUCAGAAAUUAUUGGUUUGAGUCCAAACGCUGGUGAAACUCUUGUUCAAGGUGCGUUAAGACACCGUGGCUUCCUAAUUCAACGUCGACGUGUACGUGCAAGUCUAUUGCGUGUCGACCCAAUUUCUAGGUUGCUUCGUCGACGUCAGCUAAUAUAUCGUAGAUGUUAUCAAGUCAGAGCACCAAAUUCACUCUGGCAUGUAGAUGGCAACCACAAACUUAUACGAUGGAGAUUUGUUGUGCAUGGAGCAAUCGAUGGAUACUCGAGACUAGUAACGUUUUUGCAUUGUAGCACAAAUAAUCAAGCUGCAACUGUGUUGCAACACUUCACUUCAGCUAUUGGGAGAUUUGGGUGCCCAUCUAGAGUACGAACCGACAUGGGACUGGAAAAUGUUGAAAUUGCAAGAUAUAUGUUGUACAGGCGUGGCAUUGGUAGAGGCAGUAUUAUUACAGGUUCUUCAGUACAUAACCAACGAAUUGAAAGAUUGUGGAGAGAUGUAUUUCGUUGUGUUUCAUACCAAUUUAGAAACAUAUUUUUCUACAUGGAGGAAAGCAACAUUCUUGAUCCCCUAGCUGAAGUUCACUUAUUUUGCUUACACUAUGUGUAUUUACCACGUAUAAAUAGAGCACUCACUGAAUUUGUAGAACAAUGGAAUCAGCAUCCAGUAAGCACAGAAGAAAACAGGAGUCCAUACCAAUUGUGGGUUAGUGGCAUGUUGGCAUCAGCUAACUCAUUGUCUACAGCAGUUCGUGAUGUAAUAGAUGGUACUGAAGAGCCCUUGUUACAAUAUUAUGGUGUUGAUGAAGAUGGUCCAAUUGUUGCUGAUGAUGAUGACAAUAUUGUCAAUGUUCCUCCCUUAAAUAUUGAAUUGUCCCAGGAACAAGAACACUUAAUUAUGGAUCAAAUAGACCCACUACUUGAAGACAACAAUUAUGGAAUUAACAGUUUCAUAAGAAUGGUUAACUUGCUCCAAUAG